AUGUCUUGCACCAUCCUGGCUCGAUGCAGUGGAUUGGCAGGACUUUAUCGUGGUAUUCCCGAAUCGAGUCGCGCGGUGUUGCGCUAUAAGAAUACCAGCAGUCUGAGCACUGCCUGCACGCUCCUCCCCGAGAAACCACCCUUGUCGGGUAUCAUCACACCCCACGUACACUUCUUGUACUUGAGAAUGGGCUUUCGGAGGUUCUUGCGUAGGAUGGUGGCAGCCGUGAAGGUCACUGUCCGCCGAGGUGCGACGAAGCUCAGCGAGAGGAUCGCUUCUGCUAUCGGCUGGCUCGCUACGCCCGCGGGACGAAGAACAGUCCGCAUUGUGUCGAUCACAAUCAGGGGUCGCGGUUUGGUUGUUGUCACUGGCGUGGGAUCGGUGCAUCGGGGGCUCUAG